CGAUAUGACAGUUGCUGCUGCUGGGUCACACAAUGUUCAGAAGGCGUAAAUCGAGCACUCCAGAACACAAGAAGGACUUUGCUGUGCAUGGAGCCGUACUGCCGGGGCCACAGAAUGACAGGAGGUCUUUUUUCAACUUGUCUCAGCUUGUACUCUCUGCUGGCCAGCUCAGAUCACCACCCAUACUCAGGCAUUCAAAAAUCACUUACUUUGAAGUGGAAAUCCUUGAUGCACAAAGUAAGAGGCAGAUCUGUGUGGUGGAUAAGGUACCUCCAUCAUCCACCCUCCUUGAUGUAAAACAUAAAUUUCACAAAGCAUGUCCCCAGUGGAACCCUUCCCGUAUUGGCCUGCGACUAGAACGCAAUGGGCCCUAUUUGAAGGAUUCCGUCAGCAUUCAAAGCUUGGCAGUUUCCUCCAUCAUUACGCUGUAUUUUACAGAUCUGGGUCAGCAGGUCAGUUGGACCACAAAAUGGAUCUUCACAUCACAGCUUCCCCAGGGGGUGGGAUUGAGAUUCUGGACAGCUGACAGUAUGCGGGCAGGACAAUUUCUUGGAUGGCAUCUCUGCUUGCUGCACUUCCACAGCCUUUGAGCCAGCAAUGGUUGGGUUAAGACACAGUGCAGAAACAGGGCACAGUUAGACAGGAAUCUACAACGCCAGUGGAAUUGUGAGAUAGCCCUGGAGCACUAACAGCACCCACGCUUGAUUCGCGUGCAUUCUCACCACAAAGUAGGCAUGUUGCCAGCCCAUGAAGUGGAAUUCUAGCUCAAGCCUA